AUGAGGAACCCCAUCGUUGACCCUCCCUCAGGCACAGCAAAUGGCGGUCGACUUUUCUGCCUGGUGCUGUGGCUGAACCUCGUGCCGAUGUUGAGCAGCUGCCCGGCAAAGUGCGUAUGCUACAGCGAGCCCCGCCCGACCAUGGCCUGUCAGCAGCAGGGCUUUUUAUCCAUCCCCGCUGAAAUCCCUGUCCGCAGCCAGCGGAUAUUCCUUCAGAACAACAAACUCACCUCGGUUCGUUCCACCAGCUUUAGCUCUGUGCAUAACCUCACCGUCCUCUUGAUAUUCUCCAACAACAUCAGCCACAUCGAGGCCGGGGCUUUUUACGGCCUGGACCGGCUGGAGGAGCUGGACAUCAGUGACAACAGUAACCUUCGGAUCAUCAAUCCGUCAGCUUUCCGGGGACUUACCAAGCUUCACACUUUGCACCUGCACAGGUGCGGACUGUCCGAACUCCCUACCGGGGUGUUCCGUGGACUCUUCUCACUGCAGUACCUGUAUUUACAGGACAAUAACCUUCUAGCCCUUCACGAUGACACUUUUCUGGAUCUCGCCAACCUCACCUACCUGUUCCUGCACAACAACAAGAUCAAGGUGGUGACGGACCACAUGCUGCGAGGGUUAAUCCACCUGGACCGCCUGCUCCUGCAUCAAAACCGGAUCGUUCAUGUCCAGCAGAGAGCUUUUAGUAACCUCGGCAAUUUGACCACCCUGUUUCUGUUUUUCAAUAACCUCACUAUGUUGAGCGGAGAGGUCAUGGAACCCUUGGUGUCCCUGCAGUACCUACGCCUUAAUGGAAACCAGUGGAUCUGCGACUGCCGUGCCAGGUCACUCUGGGACUGGUUUAAACGUUUUAAAGGUUCCAGCUCGGAACUCGAAUGCCACCUUCCGGUGACCCUCGUGGGGAAGGACCUAAAGCGACUUAAAAGCAGCGACCUGGAAAGAUGUGUCGAGACUAAAUCCCAUUCUGGAAAGUUCCUCUCUUUUGACGACCCCCUGGGAGAAAGCAUUCCGAGGUGCUGCCUCUCGGAUCACGACAAGUCAUCCAUCAUCUCCAGCAAAUCUCUCCCGGACCCGUCGUCCUACAACAGUCGCCAGAUUACCAACAACCCUCAGAAGGAGAAGGAGAACAUAUCCAAAACGAAGGUCCUGGAGAUGGAAAGGAUAAAAAACGAAACUCGAGGCAAGCAAGGAGUAAGUCUGAACGACGGACCUCUGGGGACGCUUUCGAACAACAUCGAUCAAUCUUUGGAUAAACUCAACCCAGAACUGUUGGACAUUGAACCUUCGUCAACACCAGGAAAGAAGAAAAAGAAGUGCUCCAAAAAGCCCAAGUCGGACCAGUCGUGUCUAAAGGGUCGUGGAUCUACGCUUCAAUCGUCGGGCCUUGUGUUGUUUCCCAUCUUCUGGUUGUCCUUGAACGUGUCUUAGUUUUCAAGAGGACCGAAUCGAAUUUGCUAUUGACAAUGACACAAGAAACACCCUUGGUAACCCUUGGAAACUACAGACAGGGACUGUGCGACGGGGUGCAAGGUCGACCUGCACGGUGUAAGAAGCUAAAGACACAUUUUAAAAAAUUGGAUGCCUUUACGAAACCCAUUGUAAUGUAUAUUUAAAAAAAACUCAGUGCCCAAAUGUUCGUUCUUUAAAUGUAACUUUAAAUGUGGCGUGUUUACGCACCACCGCAGAGAUUUCUCGUCUCUCGAUUCUCGAUCUUUACCCGCAAGAGCUUUCACUGACCAGGAAGUGACCCACGGAGACAUGGCAAAGACAGGAAAAACAACCAAGCCAGGAAGCUGAAAGCACACGAAUGUUGAACUUCUGAUAAAAAGACAUCAUUUCUGUUCCUAGUGUUCUCGAGUGGUACAUUCGUUCAGCAUUUUUAUUUGAUUUUAUGUUUUUAAGUAUUUCUGUAAAGACGAAUGUUUAUUUCUCUUUAAACAUCCCCCCCCCCCCCCCCCCCCCCCCCAAAAAAAAAGUGUUCAGCAUUCAGUCACGAGAUUUUUCCACAGGUGGCGACCGUCAAAGUAAUGCUGUCCAACCAUUCACCGAGACUGCGAUGGAAUUAUAGAUAUGCAUUUUAUUUUACUGGUGUACGAGCAUAAAUAUAUUAUAAAUAAAAUAUC